GUCUGAAGAUAGACAACUAAGAUAUGGAUCAACAUCUGUAAAAUAUUAUACAUUGCGUCAUAAGUGAUCUGCUUUCUGAGAAAAAUCAAGGAGAAUUGUUAAUACACCGGCACUUACCGCCAAAGUGGGACGCGGUGAGCCGCCUAUGGUGUUAAUGGGGUUAAAUAAAUGGUUUUUCAUUGAAAGUGAGAUAAAAAUAUAUGAGAGUGCCUCUAUCAAUCAGUGGUGUCCAGUGGUUUGAGUGGGAUUAGUGUUAAUGUUCAUACAAGGACUAUGCUGUGUGACACAGUUAUAGACAAUUUACAGCCGUUGUACCGUGAGGGUAGUGCACGAUGGUGCGCUAUGAGUCAGGUGCCUGAGGACUCGGACGAUGAUGUGGAGGCCGCAUAUAUUUCUAGCGAUGAAUCGGGACACGCUGCCGAUCUUGCAGCAAGACUGAGAGUUAAACCAUCGAGGGAUAUUUGGGAAGUUGAUGAAAUUUUAUAUAGUUUACGCCAGCUUCCACAAGCGGAAGAAAUAUUCGUGCUCAUAGAAGCGGGACAAUACGAAGAAACUAUCAGCUUAGUAUCUGAAUCAGAAAGAGGAAUUGCUGAUCAAACAGCAGCGCUAUGGGCUUGCUGGCUUGGUAGAAGUUCACUACUUGCCAGACUCAUGAAUUUGGAUGUUGAUCCGAACAGUUGUGAUGAAGUAGGGAGGACAUGUUUACAUUUAAGUUGUUUGGUAGGCAGCGAGGAAUGUACUAAACUACUAUUGGAACAUAAUGCUGAUCCAAAUAGAUGGGAUUCUUACACUGAUAGAAAAGCUACGCCAUUACAUUGCGCUGCGAGCGCGAAAUCAUUGCCCUGUGUGAAGUUGCUUAUAGAAUAUGGUGCCGAUUUAAAUGCGGGUCUCAAUGAACGUACUCCAUUACAUUAUGCUGUUUUAAGUGAUGCGAAAGACGUAGUAAGCGCUUUGUUAGAUGCAGGAGCCUGUCCAGACACUCCGCAGGUGUAUACAGAAACUCCACUUCAUGUGGCGGCAUCCUUAGGAUCAGCAUCCUGUACGAAGUUGCUAUUAGAUGCGGGAGCUGAUGUUAGAGCUGCGAUGGGUCCGGGGCGUGCCACCGCACUUCAUUUAGCAGCAGAAGAUGGCCAUGCUGAGUGUGCACAACUACUUCUUGACCAUGGAGCACAUAUUGAUCGGCCUAAUUUUAGGGGACAGACACCUUUACAUUUAGCGGCCUUAGCGCAGUCCGUGGAGGUAGUAGAGCUUUUAACCGGGAGAAAUGCAGAUGUGAGAGCUCAGGAUAGCGAUGGAAGAACUCCUUUACACGGAGCAAUCGUACGGGGAGCACGAGCUUGUGAUGUUGCACGCCUACUGCUGUCAGCUGGUGCUGAUCCAAAUGCACCAGAUCAUUUCGGAUACACUCCUUUACACAUAGCUGCACUAAAUGAAUUUUCGGCUUGUGUUUUAUUAUUAUUAGAUUAUGGUGGUGAUGUUACACUUCGAACCAAUGGAGGCGUAUCAGCGCUAUCAUUUAUUGUUCGUCGUGUACCAGAUGUCAUCCCUCGAUAUUUAUGUAAAUUCGAUGACGCUGUGCAUGUAAGUGAACAUGAACUCGGCGACGUGGACUGUGAGCUGACCAUUGAUUUUAGACCAUUAGUGCCAUGUUUAUCGCGGGGUGAAGCCGAGUUAUUACUUGCGUUUAUAGAGGUGGGCCAUAAAGAUGUUUUAAAACAUCCUGUGGCGGAAACAUUUCUAUAUUUAAAAUGGAGAAUAAUUCGCAAGUUUUUUGUUCUCAGUUUUAUAUAUCAUGCAUUAUUUAUUUCACUAUAUAGUUUGUAUAUAUUACAAAUAUUCUUAUGUGAAGAUGUCACAUGUGUUGUACCAACUUACCUUCGUCCGGUACAGUACUUAAUUCUAUUAUUGAACACAUGUUUCUUAUCAAAGGAAAUGUUUCAAGCGUUUCUUGACUGGUCCGCUUAUUUUCGACAAUGGGAAAAUUGGUUACAAUGUGGGAUAAUUCUCGGUGUUUUUUUGUGUACAAUACCUAGUUGGGAUACGGAUAAUGGAGCAAUAAGGCAUAAUACAUCAGACUGGCAACAUGACGUAGCCGCUAUAACGAUAUUUUUCUGUUGGUUGGAGCUGAUGAUGAUCAUAGGGCGAUUUCCAACUUUUGGCUUAUAUGUACAAAUGUUUACUACAGUGACAGUAAAUUUUGCAACAUUUCUCUUGGCAUACAGUUGUCUGCUUGUUGCUUUUGGUCUGGCAUUCAGCGUGCUAUUUAGCAACUACCCAGCGUUCCACCUUCCCGCUGGUUUAGUUAAGACCGUUAUGAUGAUGUCUGGAGAGCUUGAAUAUGAGGAUAUAUUCUACAACAACUGUACCAACUCUCAGAUCCAAUAUCCAUUGACGGCGCAUGGGAUGUUCUUAAUAUUUGUACUGCUUGUUACUGUUAUAUUGACUAAUUUGCUGGUUGGUUUAGCCGUUAGCGACAUUCAGGCUCUGCAAGAAGGAGCUGGUUUGGACCGAUUGGUACGGCAAACGCAAUUAGUAGCCCACCUCGAGAGUAUGCUAUUUAGUUCGUUGUUAACGUGUGCACCAAAGCAGUUACUGGCGGUACUCAGAUGGGGGGCCCUAUUAACAGCAUCCCAUACAAGAACAUUGAAUAUUAGACCAAACGAUCCUAGGGAAAACAGGAUACCAAAAGAAUUAAUAGCAUCAAUUUAUAAAAUGGUUGCCAGCCGUAAGGAUACAAAAAGGAGUAUCCGAAAGAACAACAACUAUGAAUUACGAAUAGGUAAAUGUAAAGGAGAGGAAGAAAAAGAGAAACAAGUAGUUAAAAGAAAAAGCUAUUUGUAUGAUCGAUAUUCAUUUGAGAGCCAACAUGUUGAGAGAAGGAAGAAGACUACUUCAGGAUCUGCAGAGAAUAAGGGUAGACCAGUUUCAUUAAAUAUCAAUUCUAUACAGGAUAUCUGUAUGGUUGAUAUUAAAACCCAAUUAGCAGAAAUGUCGAAAAAAAUUAAUAGAUUGAUAGAAACUAAUGAAUCAAGACUUAAUGUGAUUGAAAAGAAAUUAAAUGAUAUUCAACCUCCAUAAAAAAAUCAUGUUAUUUUAAGAACCUAUGACUAUCUGUGUAUUGUGUGAAAUGAAUGUCAAUAUAUUGUGUGAAAUGUUAUCAGUUUGAUGUCCUUAAUUUAUAGACUUGCUGCUUAAAUAAUAAUUUAAAUUUAUUAUUUAAGCAGCAAUUAAAUUUAAAUAAUAUUUUUUUUAAUUAGGAGUAUAAUAAUAAUAAUACGUAAUUACAUUUUUGAGAGUAAUAGACCAAUGAACUUAUCUGUGAAAGAAUACACAAUUUUCUAGACUGCUGAUAUUUUAAAGAAAAAAGUAUGUUUGUAUAAAACAUUCGCAGUAAAUAUUUCUCUUGAAAAUAUGUUAUAUAAUGGUUAUUUAAAAUAUGGUUUUUUUUAAUACAAAAAUAGGGUUGAUAUGACUUAUGCCAUUAUAAAAAUUUCAAUACUAAAGUAAUUAAAAUAUUUGAUAAUUUUUAGUACAUUUAAAUAUUUGGAAUUAUCAUAAUUUAUAUGAUAUCAAAUCAGUGUUAAUAUUUAUCUAGUC